GCAGGAGGAGCAGAAGGAGAAAUCUCAGCCCCUGAAUGUGACUGACGGCUUCUCCCGACCUGGAAGUUUCCUCCGGACCGACAUGUGCUCCUCCGGACCCCGGAGCCCCCCCGGUCUCAGCCCCCUGUCACUCUGAGAAACUUUCACACCUCCCUCCGCCCCCUGGAGGAGAAGCGGUCGCGCUCGCUCCGUGUUCCGGACUAAACUCCAUCCCGGCUCGGCUCGGACCGGAUCCAGCGGGAUGUGAGGGUUUCCUUGGUUUUUGUUCAGCGAGGAGAAGAAGAAGAAGAACCCGGAGGAGUGAGUCCAAGUCCCCCGGAGGUGCGCUCGGGCCGAAGUUAUGAAAAUGACCGGAGCCACGGAAACUUCUUUCAAACUGGCUUUAAAGAAACCGCCCUCGCUGCGGAGCACAGAGGACCUUCACACCAUCUACUUACACCUCUACCAUAUGGACGUCCUCUCGAACCUCAGGGAACACCAGCUAAGGUCGAUGUGCACCUCAGGGAGAUAUGAGAGACAUGAUGCUAACCACGUCCUGUUCUACCCAGACAGCAUCGCUACCUGUUGGUACAUCCUGCUCUCUGGAUCAGUCUUCGUCAAGGAGCACAUGUACCUGGCAAGGUGCUGUUUUGGCAAGCAGCUGGGUGGCAGACGAGGCUUUGAAUGCAUCACUUUGGAGCCGUCAGAAAUGAUUGUGGUGGAUAACGGCAGUGAGGGGGACGCCGACAGUUUUCUGCAGAGAGAAGGGUCCCAGCGGAGGUCCAGACGCCGCUUCAGGAGGGUCAACCCCCGGGGAGAGAGGGAACUCAUCACUGACGGCCAAGAGCCCGCCAGCUACAACACGUGCACCUGACAGACCACGCCCACCAACAGGUGAUGCACAUGGCUCCGAGCCAAUCAGGAUGCAGCAUCGCCAGCGACUCGGGGAGCAGCAGCCUAUCAGAUAUCUAUCAGGCUACAGAGAGCGAGCUGGGAGAUGUGGACCUGUCUGGACUUCCAGAGGCUGCGGUGGACAGCGAGGAAGAGGAGGAGGAGGAUGAGGACCUGGAGAGGGCUUCGGACACUCUUUUGGGUCGAGAUCUCGUCCGGGAGUGUCUGGAAAAAGACCCGGCCGACCGCAACGAUGACGACAUCGAGCAACUGCUGGAGUUCAUGCACCAGCUGCCCGCCUUCGCCAACAUGACCAUGUCUGUGCGGAGGGACUUGUGCAGCGUCAUGGUGUUUGAGGUGGUGGAGCAGGCCGGCACGGUCGUACUGCACAACAAACAAGAGCUGGACCUCUGGUAUGUUAUCCUGAAUGGGGCGGUUGAGAUCAGCCACCCAGAAGCAAGAGUGGAGACUCUUUGUAUGGGCAACAGUUUCGGGAUCUCACCCUCCCUGGACAAACAGUACAUGAACGGAGAAGUUCGCACCAAGGGGGACGACUGUCAGUUCGUGUGCAUCGCCCAGGAGGACUACUGGCGCAUCCUCAACCAUGUGGAGAAGAACAUGCACAAGGUGGAGGAGGAGGGGGAGAUCGUGAUGGUGAAGGAGCACCGGGAGCUGGACCGCAGCGGGACCAGGAAGGGACACAUCGUCAUCAAGGGAACCCCGGAGCGUCUGAUCAUGCACCUGGUGGAGGAGCCGUCGGUGGUCGACCCCACGUACAUCGAAGACUUCCUGCUGACCUACAGGACCUUUCUGUCAAAUCCCAUGGAGGUCGGCAGGAAACUGCUGGAGUGGUUCAAUGUGGACAGUCUCCGGGACACGGUUACGAGAAUAGUGCUGCUGUGGGUCAACAACCACUUCAAUGACUUUGAGGGUGACCCGGCAAUGACACGCUUUCUGGAGGAGUUUGAGAAAAAUUUAGAAGUAUCGAAAAUGAAGGGCCAUUUGCGGCUCCUGAACAUAGCGUGCGCUGCCAAGGCUAAGUGGCGUCAGAUCACUCUGCAGAAGGCGUCCAGGGAGUCGCCGCUCUACUUCAGCGUGCAGGGCGGCAGCGAGCGAGGAUUCGGCAUCUUUGUGGAGUCGGUGGAGGAAGGGAGCAAGGCUGCGGAGGCUGGACUCAAACGGGGAGAUCAGAUCAUGGAGAUCAAUGGUCAGAACUUUGAGAACAUCUCCUUCUCCAAAGCUGUUGACAUCCUGAGAAACAACACUCACCUCUCUCUCACGGCUAAGACCAACAUAUUUGUCUUCAAAGAGCUCCUCAGUAGGAUUGUGCAUGAGAAGAAGAAUGGCGUCCCUCAUAUUCCCAAGAUCCAGGAGAAAAAAGGGAACCGCUUCUCCAUCCCCGACCUUCCAGGGGACAUGGAGUUCUCUACGGACCACAAGAGCACCAGGAAAAUGAAGGCCAACACAGUUUCAGGAGGACGCAACAAGAUCCGGAAGAUGCUGGAGAAGACGCGCUUCACCAUCCUGCCACCCAAACCUUUCAGUGAUGGCGGCAUGGGUCAUUCCCAAGAUGACAGCAUUGUGGGCACCAAGCAGUGUCGCCACAGCGUGGCCAUCAUGCCCAUCCCCGGCAACCUGUCGUCCAGCAGCCCCGACCUGCUGCAGCCGGCCCCCAGCAUCCUGGACUUCUCCAACCCUGCAGCCCUGGGACUAUACUACAUCCCGGACCAGGUGAUUCGGGUGUUCAAGGCCGACCAGCAGAGCUGCUACAUCAUUAUCAGUAAGGACACGACUGCCAAGGAUGUGGUCACCCACACCGUCAAUGAGUUUGGCCUCCUCGCGGCCCCGGAGACCUACUCCCUGUGUGAGGUAUCGGUUAGCCCUGAGGGAGUCAUCAAGCAGCGGCGCCUGCCCGACCAGCUCUCCAAACUGGCUGAUAGGAUUCAGCUCAACGGCAGGUACUACCUGAAGAACAACAUGGAGACGGAGACGCUGUGCUCGGACGAGGACGCCCAGGACCUCCUCAGGGAGAGUCAGAUCACUCUGCUGCAGCUCAGCACCAUGGAGGUCGCUGCCCAGCUCUCCAUGAGAGAUUUUGAGCUCUUCAGGAACAUCGAGUCCACCGAGUACGUGGACGACUUAUUUAAACUGGAAUCGUCAGUGGGCAGUAGAAAUCUGAAACAGUUUGAGGAGGUCAUCAACCAGGAGACCUUCUGGGUCGCCACGGAGAUCCUGAAGGAACCCAACGCCAUGAAGAGGAUGAAGACCAUCAAGCACUACAUCAAGAUCGCCCUGCACUGCAGAGAGUGCAAGAACUUUAACUCCAUGUUUGCUAUCAUAAGCGGUCUGAACUUGGCUCCGGUGGCUCGGCUGCGGAGCUCGUGGGAGAAGUUGCCCAGCAAGUACGAGAAGCUGUUCAGCGACCUGCAGGACGUCUUCGACCCGUCCAGGAACAUGGCCAAGUACCGCAACACACUGAGCAGCCAGAGCAUGCAGCCUCCCAUCAUCCCUCUGUUCCCGGUGGUCAAGAAGGACCUCACCUUUUUACAUGAAGGAAACGACUCCAAUGUCGACGGUCUCGUGAACUUUGAGAAGUUGAGGAUGAUCGCCAAGGAGAUCAGACAUGUGGUGCGGAUGACUUCUGCCAACAUGGACCCCGCUCUCAUGUUCAGACAGAGGAAGAAGAGGUGGAAGAGUUUAGGGUCUCUGAGUCAGGGCAGCACCAACUCCAACAUGCUGGACGUGCAGGGCGGCGCCCACAAGAAGCGAGUGCGCCGCAGCUCGCUCCUCAAUGCCAAGAAGCUGUACGAGGACGCCCAGAUGGCCAGAAAGGUGAAGCAGUACCUGUCCAACAUGACGGUGGAGGCGGACGAGGAGAAACAUCAACUCAUGUCCCUGCAGUGUGAGCCGAGCUACAGCACCUUGUCCAAGAACUUGAGUGAGAGACGAUCCACCAAGUCGGACAUGUCUCCGGUGUCUCUGCGGUCGGCAUUGCCCUCUGGGAAAACACAGAACCGGGUUUCACAAGUCCUUCAGGUCCAGGUCCCACUGAACCCUCUACGAAAGAAGAGCAUUAACAAGGACAUCGCCACAGCUUACUCCAAUUCUCCCCAAGUGGUGAAGAAACCUCCGAUGGGCUCUUCAGAGGAGUGGAGCACCAAGAGACCGUCUGAUGACACCGUCUCCACCAUCUCCUCCCUUCACUCCAGCCCCACAGUGUCGCCGCAGGGCUCUCCACGCAAAGUGGGAGGCGUGGCCAAGUCCAUCAACUCCAGCCAGAUGAACCUGUCGGGAUCUUCGUCGUCACUGACCAGCGACGCCAGCACAAAGGCCGGGACUGUCAGCCUGCGCAGCUACGGCAUAGGUUACGCCCUGCUACCACACGGUAAAGCAGACAACCUGUCGGACUCCAGCCACAGCGAGAUCUCCUCCCGCUCCAGCAUCUGCUCCGUGGACUCGGUGCCAGCUCCCGGGCUCGAGGACCGGUGUAACAGCAGCAACCGAACCUUUAGCGCCCCGGCUGCUGUCACUGCAGCAGCUACCGCUACGGCCGCUGCUGCUGCUGCAGUCGCUGAGAGCACAGCAGCGACACAUGCACACUCUAAUGCUGAUUACAACCAGCCCAGCACAAGCUCGUCAUCGGCAGCGAGAGGAUACGUGACGCGAGCCUCUACCUUCACCUCGUCCAUCUCGACGGAGGAGCUGACCCCAGACCACACCUCUCUGGACUCGGUGGCUGACAGCGGCCGUGGCAGCUGGACGUCCUGCUCCUCCAACUCCCACGACUCCUUCCAGAGCCUCCCGGUCUCCUCCUGCCGGCCCUGGGACCACGGCAUCCACGGGCACCCGCUCUCCCUGCCCCACACGCACCUGGGCGGCUUCAAGACCACGCAGCUGACCGGGCCGAUACCGGAGGUCGAGGGCGCCGGUCACGCCAGGGCGGCCGAGGGCGCUGCCAGGCAGCACGCCAGAGACUCCAGCGCGGAGCUGUCCAAUCAGUCGCGGCAGAGCUGGGCGUCGUCCAGCUCGCUGUCGGACACCUACGAGGGGAAUUACGGCACGAUAAAGCGGCGAAACACCUCAGAGCGCCCCUCCUCGCCAAGCAACGAGGAAGGAGGUCAAAGCAUAGACCCUGCCUACAAAACGGUGACAUCAAGCACAGACAAGGGCCUGAUAGUGUAUUGUAUCACCUCCCCCGCCAAGGAUGAGCGUUACCGUGAUCCCCCUCCCACCCCUCCAGGCUACCAGGGUCUGGCUCUGGGGGAUCUCGGCCUCACAGACGGAGUAGUGGGUGGGCCCGGAGGUCUGGUCCCAAGGCCUCCUCACCUCAAACCUCCCGACUACAGCGUGGCGCUGCAGAGGAGCAAACUUCUGCAGAGCCCCGGAGCAGCAGGAAGUUUGGCUGAAGCACGGAGACUGGCCGGUAACCAUCAGAGCUACUCCAGACCGCCCAGCAUCUGCCUCCCACCGCAGGAGCUGGCCGACAGUGAGGAUGAUGAACAAGUGUCCGCGGUGUAAAGCUGGUGACGUCACAUAUUCUCACUCCUGGACAUGGACCAUAAUGCACCCCUCUGAACCUCACCUGUGGG